AGCAGUCCAGUCGCAGUGUCUGCACCCUGUUUGAGUCAACUUGACGAGUCGAGAUGGCAAAUGUGUUGAGAAAUUCCGCCAAAUUCGGGUUUUCAGGUGUGUUGUCCCAGUUGUCCAUCCACAGUAGACAUGGGAGAGAGUGUGUGUCGCCGUGCUUCUCUCUGCAGCAGAGAAACAGCUCUACCUCACCUAAGAUCAAGGUGGACCUGGACAACAGUACAGGUGUAGCUGUGUUGAGGAUGCAGAGCCCCCCUGUCAACAGUCUGAGUCUGGACUUCCUCACUGAGUUCUGUAUCAAUCUGGAGAAACUAGAGAUGGAUAAGAGUUGUAGAGGUCUGAUCAUCACCUCGACCCUCUCCAAGGUGUUCUCUGCGGGGCUAGACAUCAUGGAGAUGUAUGGGAAAAGUCCGGAGCGCUGUGGAGAGUUCUGGAAGGCUGUUCAGGAGAUGUGGCUCAAACUCUACGGAUCCAACAUGGCCACCAUAGCUGCCAUCAACGGCUCUAGUCCAGCAGGUGGCUGUCUCAUGUCUAUUGGAUGUGACUAUAGGAUCAUGGCUGAUAAUCCUCGCUACAGCAUCGGACUCAACGAGACUCAGCUCGGCAUCGUAGCUCCCUUCUGGUUUAAAGACACGCUGGUGAACACGGUUGGUAACCGGGCAGCAGAGCUGUCGUUGGAGCUGGGUCUGUUGUACAGCGCUCCUGAUGCCCUGAAGAUCGGCCUGGUGGACCAGUUAGUCCCUGAGGACCAGGUCCUCUCCACUGCACAGGUCACCAUGUCCAAGUGGCUGGCUGUACCAGACCAUGCCAGACAGAUCACCAAGUCCUGGUCAGAAUACAGACCUUGA